UAGAACUUCCGCUAGGGUUGAGAUAGUGAACGUUAAAACACUGAAAGUAAAACCAUUUACGUUUGAGGUUUGGAUCCCUAUUUUUGGCCGUUAAGGUACGUCUACUUCCGAUGUAUUAUGGAAAUAUACUGAUGAUAUUCCGGAUACCCGUUGGUGAAACUUGGAGAUCAAUUAUUUGGACUACCAAAUAUGCAGAAAGCUGCUGAACAUCAAGAAUCACAUCGGAUAUACAGCAAAAUUUGGAAGUUGCCAAAAUAGGCCCUCACGAAGUCCAUAACGAGAAUGCACGUAUAUCUUAAAGAUGGAAAUCAAAGGCGUUGGGUUACCAAUGUUCAUCUUCAAGAGGGUUUUAGUCCCUGUAUUGGCAACGGAGCCAUGAAGAAAUCGUGUGCAGAUGUGUCGAGACUGGAGCCAGCAAUUUGGUUCAAGGUUCUUUUACUAGAAUCAGUAUCUGUUGACUGUGGAAGAAGGAUAGUCAGCUGGUCAACUGGAAGUCACCCUGAAGAUGCAGACUUGCCUAGUCAAAGGACAUGUUACAUGGAAGGAGAGUGUUAUGAUUAUGAUGCAGACAUAGACGAACUCUUCCACUUGGCUGCAAAAGUUAUUUGCCCAGCUGGUCACGAAGAGAAUGGAGUCUCACAGCCCUCAGAUGAAGAUUAUGAACAAUGCCUUUUACGCAUGCUUCACUGCUAUAUCCUACCUAAGAUAACCUUACACAAGGAUGACUUAGACAAAGUAAUGAAUGCCAGAGAAAAGCAGGCUCAAAGCAUCCAGGAACUAGAUAGGAAGGUCAUUGAUGAAUGUAAAACCAUUGAUGCUUGUGAGCUACACAUGGAAGAUUUACGCACUCAGUUUCUACCUGACCUGGAGAAAUUUAUUCACCGGGGCUGGUGCUCUAAAGGGUUUCUUGAAGUACUCCUUGAGGACAUUGGUAAAGAAGAACCAAGACUAAGGAAACAGAUUGACAAGGCUCAAGAUCAAGUGCAACAUGCUAAAACUGUGGUAGCACAGAAACCCUGUGCAGCAUCUACUGAACAGCUUAAGGCAGCUAGAGAACAGAGAAAUGGAGAACAAGAAAAGCUUGAAGCCCUGCUUUUGACAAGAGAACUCAUUGUUGCUGCUUCUCGUCAGGCUGAAACUGGUGGAGGAGUUGUUGCUGGACAUCACUUACUAAAGCAGUACUUGGAACAAAGGGAGACACUCACUAGUCUCAAACAAAGCCGCAACAGACUUCUAGAACAGAAGAAUUGUGCUUUGAGUGUAAGAGAAAUGUUGGAUUCUGCCAUGAAAGAGCUGAUUGACAAAGGCCACACUGAUGCAAAUGAUGCAAAUGCUUUAGGAUCUCGAGCAACAGAUGUCCUUGAAGGAGUUUGGAAGCCAGAAUGGCAAAGACUGGGUGAAAGAAUUGCUACUCUGGUGAACAAUGAGGAGCAUCCAGUUGGCAACCAUUUCCAAAAGUUUUGCCAAAGGAUCCAAUCACUCUGUGAAGAGCUGCUUACCUCUGGAAGAUUCAGCAGCUCUGAAGAAUUUACCCCUUCAUGUUCACCCUUUGGCAAGGCCUGUGCAAUUCAGUAUGAAUCAUAUGGCAUGGAAGAUUUCAUGACAGAUAAUCAUAGGCUCAAACUCCAAAUGUUACAAUCUGAAAUUUUGAAAGAGUUGGAAACUGCAACAGAGUUCUUGUCUGACAUCUUUAACAACAAGGAUGUGCAUUUUAAAAACAAAAUAAGGCUUUGCUACGAGCAGUGUUUUUAUGAGAAAGAGCACCACUUUUUGGCUUGCGUCUAUGAACUGGCUCAUCAUGAACAUGUGGACAAGCUGCAAGGGGAUGUACAAAGGCUCAGAUGCCUCCCAAUAAAGUUUUUGAAUUUGCCAAUGAAAGAUGAGUGGUGGUUGGAGCUAUUUGAGCAACGAUCACUCCAGGCAAGUACAAACUCGGGACAUUAUCGUCCAUUUACAGAAGCAUAUAUGAAUGGCACAUUAUUAGACCAGGCAGACCAUGGUUUGAGUGGUUCUUAUGACAUGAUUGAUGAAUUAGAUGACUUAGUAGACAACACUACAGACACUCAAAAUGGCAGGCACAUAGAAGACAUGGAAUCAUUCAGAAGCUUGUUCAUCAGUGCUAUUCGUCAUCGCUCAAAAACCGUGGCCGUAGAUGAUGUUGAAAAACCUCUUGACCAACCCAACACAGGGCCUCCCAAGUCAAGGAAUUCUUUUGAGGGUGCUUUAAGUUGUAGUGCACCCACAAUGGUUCAAAUCAUUGAUUUAUGGAAGACAGCUAAGUGUGAACAAAGUUAUGACAGUGUUGAUGGAAGCCUGGAGAUGAAGCCUUGUUUAAACAGGACACUUUCUAAAAGUGAAAGUAAUCUAAGCAGAAAGGACAGCUCAGUUUCUGGAGAAACUUUUGAGGACCACUUUGGUCCUGCACUUCAAAAUAUCAAAGACAUUUUCAAGGUCACAAGUCCUUUAAACAAACUGAAAUGCCUGACAUCAUCCCUCCGUAAAAUAACAAAUGCUGUUCAAGAGCUGCGGAUGCAGAGUGGACAAGAUACCUUCACUGCAGCUGUAAAUGCAGAGGAUCUUUUGCCUCUGCUGGUCCUGAUGAUGCUCCAAAUGGAACCUUGGGAGGUUGCUGCCAUGUGGCCUCAACUGGUAUUCACAGAGAACCUAAUGGCACCCUUUUUGUCAUCAGGAUGUCAUGGCUGGGCCCUGGUUGAAUUUCAGAUGGCCCAAAGGGUUUUAAAUGAUCUUUGUAAUGAAUUCUAAAGAUUGCUUUUUGAGGGGAUAUGAGGAAAUGAAAAAGGUCUAGAUAACUUUUGAUACACAUUAACUUCUCCCUUUGUUUUCAAAGAAAUACAUGGUAGGAGAGAAUUUGAAAGGAGAAUGUGACAUUCUAUCAGAAGUCACACAAGGCUUUUUUCCAUGCAUCCCUACAUUUUAAAGUAUUUUGAAUAAUCAAUUGAUACUAACCAAGUAUUUACUCCCCUUAUCUGAUUUCUAAUUCUCCCUUCCAGUAAAUAUAUAUUUUGUUGUUAAUUAUUUGAUGGGUAAGUGCUUAUUUUCAUAACUUGUCUUUGAAAGUAAUUACUAUUAAGAGGUGAAGGUUUUUUCUACAUCAUUAUAAUAGUGAAUAAAUUAUGACAGCAAUCAUUGCUUAUGAUUAUUUAUUACUAAUUUUGCAUCUGUUCCUAACCCUAGGAUAAUCAUGACCAUGCAUCGUGAUUUGUCUUUUUAAUGUGACAGAGAUGUCUUUUGUUUCAUGGAAACAAUUUAAAUCAGAUUCAUUGGUAUUUUCAAUGAUUGUAAACACUAUUAGCUUACCUCUUGAUGUUAGUGGUAAUGUUAUGUACAUAGAAACUCCAGAGUUACAGACAGUAGGAAACAUGUAAUUUAAGGCAUUACUAAACGUUCAUGUACAUGCAGAGUAAUGUGACAUGUAUUAGGAAGUUUCUUUCUUAAUACUCUCAGAUCCAAACUAUUUUCAUAAAUCCCUAAAACUUUGUGGAAUGGUUAUUCUUUAACCCUUUCCACCCUAACAUCAGUAAUGUAUCCAUAUUCUCUGAACGCUUCUUUGUUCAAUUCCUUUGAGAAGGAAUAGAGGAGAAUUUGUUUAACAAUCAAGACUUUUGUUAGGUUGGCAAUCAUGUAUGUCAUUCUCAUGAUUGUAAUGAAUGAUUCAGCAGUAUUACUGUAAGGAGGAAUAACAUGCUGGUCACUCAAAGGGAUUAAAGGGUUAAGUUUCAUCUUGUACAGGGUCUGGUAUUUUUUUUUUUUUUUCAGGAGUUAUAGUGCCCUAGGGUUCUUUGAUGUAAUGAUAGCUGUCACAUUUUGUGAUGGAUACAUCUGUAUUCACUUUAUGCUGAAAAUAUGACGAUCUUUAUUAUUAAGUUUUCAUAUAUGUCUAAUAAUUUAGAUUGGAUUAUCCUGGCUAUAUUUGUCAGCUGAUACUUAUGCAAGUGUCCAGUUAUGCCAAAUUUGAACUUGUAUUUUUGAUAUCUCAAAUUAGACACUUUUGUCAACUGCAUGUCAAUCAGGUGUACUUACUUGAGUGGAUUGAUUUUUUUCUCUUCCCCUUCUUCUGAUAAAGCACUAAGGAAGGAGCUGAUGUCAUUAAUAGCCCCCUUUUAUGAUUAUCUAAUGAAAUUUGGUAAUAACACACCCCUAGCCAAGUUUACACUAUUUUUGGAAAACCUUGGCAAUCUAGUUGUUUUCACAUGGUUUAUCUUUAGCCCACACCUUAAAAAGGAGGCCUGGGGUUGAAAUUAACUUCUCUGAUGUAAAUUUGUAGAAGGACUAUCAGAAACGGUAGCUCUUAUGUGUCAUUCAGUUCUGGAUAACUGUCUUAGAUUUCAAAUCAACUUUUGAGUUGCAAAUUCCAAUGACUUUGAUCUUGCAGGCCUGAUUUUCUCCAGUUUUAAUCCACUAAGUCUAAUUUAGUAUUGUAAUUCAUAAUAUUGAUAUAGAAGUUUUUGAGUUUGUAUGGUGCACCAUUAAAAUGGCUUUAUUUGGACAGCUAAGAUAGGUCUUAAGAGGGCUAAGACAGCUCCACCAUUGGAGACACUGAUUUCAAUGUUUGACCAUACCUUUAUUUUACGAAACAAAUGGUAGAAUUUACUGAUUUAUGAAGGAAAAUAUUUUAUGGUGCAGUAAAAUAGUUUAGAUCAGUAGCAAAUGAUGCCUGACUUUUUAAGGUGAAUAUAGAUUGAAUACUUCUCAACUUUUUUUUUAAAGUACCUACAAUACAUGCAAUUAGAAAGAGUAAUCAUCACUUUUAGCACAGCACAGUGCUUCAAGUUUUAUUAGGAUAUGUAUGUUCGUAACCUAAAAUUAAAUUUGAUAACCUUUAUUGAACCAUUUUAGGGUUAAUGGGUUUAAGUUUCAAAGCUCCAUGUGGUAUGGAACAAAAUUGCCUGCAUAUUGGCUCAAUGGAAUAGUUCUACUCUGCACACUUGUGGAAUGAAAUUUUUUGUUUAAGAUAUAAAUUAAAUAUUAAUUUAUGUAUGAUCAUCUUAAAGAGAAGACACUUGUUUUUUGUCACUGUUAUUCUUACUCCUGAUGUGGAAAGCAAGUUUUUUGAAAUUUGAAACCAUGCACUUUUAAACAGUGCCAGUGUGAAUUUACUAUUCAUAGCCAAGGGAUGGAUAGACCACUUCAUUUAUGUUAAAAAUGUACACAGUGUUCCUUUUAAGCAGCAAUCUCAUUGGUAAAUAUAUAUAAUUAUGUAUUUAUCUCCACAUCUGUUGGGGUGGCAUUCCCCUGUGAUUUUUAUAUAGGAAGAAUUAAUUUCAUAAAACAGUAUAGAUCUUUAUAACAUAUUUUUUUAAUGAUGAAUAUUUACUGCUAGGGAUAAUAAUAAUCUACAUGUCAAGUAAUACAAUAAACGUUUAUAAUAAAUAUUUUCUCAAAGAAGUACCAGGCACUUAUUUAAAUGAUUAAAUUUAGGUGAAAGGGAAGGGUGCUUAUUGGAAGGAGGGCACUUAAUCAGGGGGGGUUGUUUAUCAAGAGAGUGUGGCAAUAGGACAAAAAUUAAAAGAACAGAUGUCACAUAAAGAAACUGUGCAAGCACAUGGAAAUAGAUAUAACUAGAGCAGGAAAGAAACCAUUCCAUUCUGAUGUCACUGUAGUUCAAGCUUAAAAAGUUGUAAAUAAAGUGAUUGUGGCAAUAGAAACAGGUUUUCCUUGUAUUCCUACUAUGUCAGAAAGUGAGGGAGGAAGCAGGUGCUUAUUGACAGAGGGGGUGUAAAAGAGAAUUGUCACAUAUGAUGAAAUACAGAAGUUGUCACCAGGCACUGA